CUGGGAAUUUAGCUUGUCGGUGGCGUUCCCCACUUGUGUCGCGUUCACUUUGUGUUUCGUCGACUGUUUUUAGCCAUAAAUAGGAUUUCGGGUGUCUUUUUAUGAGUAAUCAAAGGCAACAGAAGCCUACGCUAACAGGCCAGCGGUUCAAAACGAGAAAAAGAGAUGAAAAGGAGAGAUUUGACCCUACACACUUCCAGGAGAGCAUCGUACAAGGUCUGAACCAAACUGGCACUGAUUUGGAGGCUGUUGCAAAGUUCCUCGAUGCCUCUGGUGCCAAGCUCGACUACCGCCGCUAUGCUGAGACACUCUUCGACAUUUUGGUGGCUGGCGGGAUGCUGGCUCCUGGAGGUACCUUGUCUGAUGACUUGACCCGCACAGAAUUUUGUCUUUUCAAAGCGCAAGAAGACAUGGAAACCAUGCAGGCAUAUGCACAGGUUUUCAACAAGCUCAUCAGGCGUUACAAGUACUUGGAGAAAGGGUUUGAGGAGGAGAUUAAAAAGCUGCUGUUGUUUCUCAAAGGCUUCACUGAAUCGGAGCGCAACAAGCUGGCCAUGCUGACUGGUAUUCUGCUGGCCAAUGGCAAUAUCUCUGCCUCCAUUCUGAUCAGCCUGUUCAAUGAGAACCUAGUCAAAGAAGGUGUUUCGGCAGCCUUCGCUGUAAAACUCUUCAAAUCAUGGCUGAACGAGAGGGACAUCAACUCUGUUGCUGCCACUCUCAGGAAGGUUGGCAUGGACAACAGACUCAUGGAGUUGUUCCCCUCCAACAAGCGGAGCUGCGAGCACUUCUCAAAAUACUUCACAGAUGCAGGACUCAAGGAGUUGUCUGACUUCGCCAGGAACCAGCAAUCCAUCGGGGCUCGCAAGGAGCUCCUUCUGGAGCUCCAGGAGCAGAUGUCACGUGACGAGCCACUCAAAGAGAUCAUCUCCUAUGGCCGUGAGGAAAUGAAAAAGAGCAACAUCUCUGAGCAGACGAUGAUUGGAAUAAUCUGGUCCAGCAUAAUGAGCUCCAUGGAGUGGAACAAAAAGGAGGAGCUGGUCACAGAGCAAGCAAUCAAACACUUAAAGCAAUACAGCCCUCUGCUGAAUGCCUUUACCUCCCAAGGCCUGUCUGAACUUACUCUCCUUCUGAAGAUCCAAGAGUACUGCUAUGACAACAUCCACUUCAUGAAGGCCUUCCAGAAGAUUGUGGUGCUGCUCUACAAAGCGAACGUCAUUAGCGAGGAAGCGAUUCUUAAGUGGUACAGCGAAGCACACGUUGCCAAAGGAAAAAGUGUUUUCCUUGAACAGAUGAAAACGUUUGUUGAAUGGCUCAAGAACGCAGAGGAAGAGUCCGAGUCUGAGGAGGAAGACGCUGACUGACAGCCUCAAGCAAACCACCACUCAUGUCCUUUUCUAAAAAACAAGUCUUUUUAUAGAUGAGCAUAAAGGAGGAAUUGUAGAAUGUAUUACUACAGAAGUCCUUGUCUUUUUUUUUUUUAGUCUUUUUUCUGUUUUGCCUCCCUUUUCAUUCCAUCAUGAUGUGUAGUCGAACUCUACUGCAAGGGCUCCUACAUUUUGUUCAUGUGUUGUCUAGCUGAGCUUUGACUGUUGCUCACUUCCUCCUGGGAUGAAAGACACAGUGGUGAAUCUGAUGUCAAAAAUAAAUUCUUUGAAAAUACGAUUCCUUUUCGAGUUAUUCAGUUAACUAUCACUGUUUUUUUUUCUUUUUUGAUAUUGUUAGAGGUCAACUUGAUGAAUUGUGUUGCUAUGACAUGUUGGACUUCGAAGAAGCCACUGUUUUCUUAAGCCUAAGUUAUAUUUCUGCCAAUUACGUGACAACUCUAUCGAUGCCAUGUUUUACCUCCUAUCUCCAUCACUUGAUGGAGCUUGGCCAGUUCACAGCAAAGGUGCUGCAGGCAAUGCCCCUCAGAAUGAGUUGUAAUUACUCAACAUUUUCUGUAACACGCAAUGUUACUUUCUUGAUUUCCCCCCCCUCAUUACCCCAGAGUUUGACUUUUUGAAAUAAAAUGAAAUCAGUAG